GGCUGGCUCAUACCGGCUUUUCUCUCAUUUGACCAAGUGUCCAUUUUGCUUGAGACGCUUCCAGAGAACGUUUUCAGUGACAAAACAUUAAAAUAUAUUUCCCCUGACAAAAGAAAUCUUAAGUCUGAGAAGCCAACAAUGGACAAAGAGGAGCACUCAGUAAUCUACAUCAUUGAUGAUAGUGAAGAAGAAGAAGAAGAAGAAGAAGUUGUUGAGGAAGUGAUAGAAAUAAAAGAUGAUGAUGUGGAGUGUUCAGCAGAGUCUACUCUAACAGAAAAAUGUAAAGUACUUGGUAGUACUGAGAAGGCAUUGGUUCCUCCAAGAAGGGAUGGAGAUACAGGACAUGAAGUAAAGAAUAAGCUGGAAAAAAUUGGAGCUCACCUUAGCAGUGACGUUGUGGAAAACAAAACAAGAAUGCAGUCCUAUAUUAAAAGUGUAGUCAAAGACUGCAACAGGAAUAUCAGAGAACACUGGAAAGUUCAUCAAGAGGAAAUGCGGGAGUUUAAAAUUGAAUAUACUGAGCAGAUUAUAACUGUGUUUAAGCAAUGGGAUUCUGAUAUAAUGCAAGUUGAAGACCAAGAAAAUGAAAUAAAUGGUAUUUUUAAACAUCAACAGAAGACUUUUCAACAAACUAGAAUGCUUCAGACUGACAGCCUGAAAACACUUAAGCAGGCAGAUGAUGAGUUCUUAAAGGUUUUGGAGGAUUUCGAGAAGAAUUAUACCAAUGUACUUAACAGUAUACACAAUGAGUUUCAAAAGCAGAAGACUCUGCUGCAAAGAAAAAUUACAGAUGGUUAAAUGUUGAACUGUAGAAACAUGGAAGAGUACAAGCACCAAAAUAUUUUGUUUUCCUUAAAUACAACACUUCAAAAAUAUUAUUCUGGUGAGCUGAGGAAAACAAGAACCUGAGUGAUGUAAUUUGUAUUACCUCAGACAUAUGUCUUUGAAAUUUGACUGUAUUUUAAACCAUCUUUGAUCAUUAGCUUUAUAAAAUGCAGUACUCUGUUCCUGUUGACUUCCAAAUAAA